GUAAUUCAUCAAAAAGUGAGUUCAUUUAUUUACAGGAAUGAGUUUAGGAAUUGAAAAAAUUUCAAAAGCAAAAUCUUUUUCAAUACAAAUAGGGAAACAAGUGAUGUUAUAAGUAGCAGGUAAUAAUUAACUGUAGGAUGAUCAAUCUCGGUGGAAAGGUUAAACUUAAUUUAAAGCUAAACUCUAGUGAUGGAUAACACUCAAAAAUAGUUGACCCCAUGGAGUGAUUUUUCAUUUCGUCUCAUAAUAAUCGUUUUCCACUCUUCCCAUCAUCUUCAAGUAUAACUAGAUCAUGGUAAAAAAAAGAUGCAAAUUGAUUUACUAUCGACAGUUUAUAAAGCUUUUUCAUUUUCUAAUCAUUUUAUUCAUCAUUUUCGCCUUCCUUUGGUGAUUUUAUGAUUUUUUUUUCAUCUUUACAUUUCUUCUUCUUUUAUCACCAGCGUUACCUUCACAUCAUGCCAAAGGAAUUGAAGAUUGAACCCAAAUUUUGAUAACUUGCGCUUAUAAUCUUGUUAUUAUUCAACCUAGGGCCUGAGUUGUUCCUCAGGAAAAGAGGAAAAGAAGAGAAAUGGGAAGAUGAGGAGAAGAGACACAAAAAAUGUAAGAGCAAAAAAGAUGGCAACCACUUAAGAUGAUCUGAACCAAUAAAUACAAAACAAAUUACAGUCAACAAUACAAGCAGAAAUACCUAGCGAUCUAAUAAGACCAAAAAUACAAUUUCAUUUUCAGCAAAAAUAAGCAUAAUCUUUUGGAGAAAGAUUCAGUUCAAGAUGAGGAUCAUGUUGAUAAAUUGAACAAUAAGUAUAACAAUAAGAUGAAGAUAACAGCAACAAAGUAAUUAAAUUCAAUGACAAAUGACCAAGUAAAGGGUCGAUAAGUUUUUUGGAUACAAAUUGAAGAGGUAAUAAAAAGAAGAAAAUCGAAGCCUGAAAAAAAUAGAAUCCAGAAUCAUUUUGAUUUUGGUGUUCAUUUUUUUCCUUUCAAAUAAUCACAUAUUUCUUUGACUCUUGCCUAUGAAUGGUAACCCAAGCAAAUGAUCAAUAUUUGGAUAAAUGAAACCGGAUUAUCAUCAUUCAUAGUUGACCCUAAAAAUGGCAAGAGUAAAAGUUGGAAGCUGAAAAAGUGUCCAAAUUGUAUCCUGAAAUAGACAGAUUGAAUCAUGAGAAAAAAGUAGACAUUUUUUGGCAAUAUUGGUAAAAGAGUAACACAGGAAAUAAAAAAAGACUGCAAGAGUCUAUGGCAAUGUCGCUCACACGGUACCUUAAAGUGUUUUUUGUUGACUGCAAUUGUGAAUCGAAUUUUAAUUGCACCAGAAAUUGAAUGGAAAUUGGAAAGACAGUGAGAGUGAGAAGGAUAAAAGAUGAUGUUGAAAAGGGGAAAGAUAAUGAUUAAAAUUUGUUUUAACUACAGGUGUAUUUACUUUGUCGCAUUCAAUACUACAAUGGUACAAGUUAAGCUCGGCCCCGUUCGGUGUCUGUGACUAAUACAGAGUCACUAGAUUAACUGUUGCCAAUCAGUUGGGAGGCUGCAAUUGAUCGUGUAAAUUGUUUUUUCUUGUUAUCAGGUUAACGUAAAAUACUGGUGGACAUUUGAUGGACACUCAGUUUUUUAUACGACUGUGAAGGAUCCUUUUUAAUGUAGUUUAAUCAUUGGCUUCACUUUAUUCAACUUUGAUCAAUUUUUUUGAUCAACUUUGUCUGAAGAAUCAUUUCUGUUUCAUUAACACAUCAUCGUCAUCAUUAAAUCAUCAUUGCAAUUGUGAUCAUGGAGACAGUUUAUACUGACUAUCAAAUUAUUGGUGAACCUGUAGUGACUAAUGUUUCGUCUAAUCAACCGCAAUUGAUUGUGAUCAAUCCCAAUUUGGCUCAAGGAAUGGGUAAGAAUGAAGAGACUGAUGAAACCGAUUCAAGGUACAGUGUUUAUGAGCAAACUAAACCAGUCGCAAUCACUACAUCGGUCAUAGCAUCGACUAAAAGUGUAACUGCAAGUAGUGAGGUUAUUGAAAAUGAGUGCUUAUCGUCACCCAAUUAUCAACCCAUUUCACCGGCAGAGUCGCCUUUGGGUGCUGCUAUGGCUACACUUGAAGACAGUUAUUGUCCCAUUUCAGAGGAAUCAAUUGAAGUUGAAAAUGAAAGGCCUGAUGAUUAUUAUGAUGAUACAAGUCAAUCUCAACAUUCAUCUCCUUGUGACCCUUUUAGACCUGAAUGUCGAAUACCUUUACCAGGAAUGCUUGAUCAGUCUCCUUUCAUGGAUAAUAGAACCUUUGUUCGACGUCGAAAUGAACGAGAAAGGACUCGAGUACGCAAUGUAAAUGAGGGCUUUGAAAGGUUAAGACAACAUUUACCUUUACCCAAGCCUUGUAGAGAUAAAAGAUUAUCAAAGGUUGAAACGUUGAGAGAGGCAAUCAAUUACAUCAAAAAGCUGCAGAAUCUUUUGAAAUCAGAUUCCAACAAAUGAAAAUUCAACUCAACAAACCAAUUAAUUUAUCUUCCAUCCAAUUAUAAUAUCUUCAUUUCCCCUGCUUUCUUCUUCUUCUUCGUUUUUCUUUCUCCUUUUUAUUUUUCCUUCACCUGGGUUUCAAUGAUUUGAAAGUGAAAAUAUGUAUUAAAAUUAU